AUGGCUUCCAUCUCUGAGUCCAAGGUGGUUGCCUCAGCUCCUGCCAUCACAUCUGCAUUCCUGCCGAUGGGAACGUGUCAGUCAUGUGGUGUCAGCGGACCCAACCUGUGGGCCUGUCUCCAGGUCGCCUGCCCCUAUGUUGGCUGCGGAGAAUCCUUUGCUGACCAUAGCACCAUUCAUGCCCAGGCCAAAAACCACAACUUGACAGUGAACCUGACCACGUUCCGGGUGUGGUGUUAUGCCUGUGAAAAGGAAGUAUUCCUGGAGCAGCGGCAGGCGGCCCCCUUGCCAGGCUCCUCGCCCAAGUUCUCGGAGCAGGAGUCUCUGCCACCCUGCCACCCUCUGAAAGCUGUCCCUAUUGCCGUGGCUGACGAGGGAGAGUCCGAGUCAGAGGACGAUGACCUGAAACCUCGAGGCCUCACAGGCAUGAAGAACGUCGGGAAUUCUUGCUACAUGAAUGCCGCCCUGCAGGCCCUGUCCAACUGCCCUCCACUGACCCAGUUCUUCUUGGAGUGUGGAGGCCUGGUGCGCACAGACAAGAAGCCAGCCCUGUGCAAGAGUUACCAGAAGCUGGUCUCUGAGGUCUGGCACAAGAAACGGCCAAGCUAUGUGGUCCCCACCAGCCUGUCUCACGGGAUCAAGUUGGUCAACCCAAUGUUCCGAGGCUAUGCCCAGCAGGACACCCAGGAGUUCCUGCGCUGCCUCAUGGACCAGCUGCAUGAAGAGCUCAAGGAGCCAGUGGUGGCAGCGGUGGCAGCACUGACAGAGGCUCGGGACUCGGACUCAAGCGACACAGAUGAGAAACGGGAGGGCGACCGGAGCCCAUCAGAGGAUGAGUUCCUGUCCUGUGAUUCAAAUAGUGACCGGGGUGAGGGUGAUGGGCAGAGUCACGGUGGGGGUACCUCGCAGGCCGAGACAGAGCUGCUGAUUCCAGACGAGGCAGGCCGCGCCAUCUCCGAGAAGGAGCGGAUGAAGGACCGCAAGUUCUCCUGGGGCCAGCAGCGCACGAACUCAGAGCAAGUGGACGAGGAUGCUGAUGUGGACACCGCCAUGGCCACCCUCGACAACCAGCCCACGGAGUCUCAGCCACCAUCACCACGGUCCCCCAGCCCCUGCCGGACACCAGAGCCAGACAAUGAUGCCCACCUACGCAGCUCCUCUCGCCCCUGUAGCCCUGUCCACCACCGCGAGGGCCACGCCAAGCUGUCCAGUAGCCCUCCUCGUGCCAGCCCCGUGAGGAUGGGGCCAUCGUACGUGCUCAAGAAAGCCCAGGUGCUGAGCACGGGUAGCCGGAGGCGGAAGGAGCAGCGCUACCGCAGUGUCAUCUCGGACAUCUUCGACGGCUCCAUCCUCAGCCUCGUGCAGUGUCUCACCUGUGACCGGGUGUCCACCACAGUGGAGACAUUCCAGGACUUGUCACUACCCAUUCCUGGCAAGGAGGAUUUGGCCAAGCUCCACUCGGCCAUCUACCAGAACGUGCCGGCCAAGCCUGGCGCCUGUGGGGACAGUUACGCCGCCCAGGGCUGGCUGGCCUUCAUUGUGGAGUACAUCCGACGGUUUGUGGUGUCCUGUACCCCCAGCUGGUUUUGGGGGCCUGUAGUCACCCUGGAAGACUGCCUUGCUGCCUUUUUUGCUGCUGAUGAGCUGAAGG